GAAAGAUUGACUGGAAACUUCUUGUUAUCACUGUUCAACAAUGUAUUCACUUUAUUAGAACGACACUUAUUUCUGAAAAAGAGUACAUUGCAAAAUAUGGUUUAGGAUGUUAAUUGGAUGCUUCUCUGCUAGACAUGGUUUCAAAGAUUGUCUCUUCCGCCCUGAUUUUCUUUAUGAUACAAUGCGUCACCGCAACAGAUGAUGUACCCUAUGGUUCAACUAGAGGUUGUAGUUCGGCUUGCCAGAGGGAGUGCAUCGAGGUCAUCAACAAGUACCGAUUGAACCAUAAUGCCCUGGGAGUAAAGUUCUCCCAGCUUCUUGCUAACAAGGCUCAGAAAUGGGCAGACGGUGGGAAUUUCGGCUAUGACAUGAAAUCUCGUGGGAAAUACGGGCAGUUAAUUGAGUGGGACGUCAAAGAUGAACUUCAGAAUUUUACAAACGUAAUCAAACAUUGGCACGAUAAGGAAAGAGAUUUUGACUUUGCUUCUGGUCGAUCAAAGACCGGAAAAACCCUUCACGAUUUCACGCAAAUCGUUUGGAAAAAGGCCAGAAAGGCCGGCUGCGGACAGAGCGAAAUAUUCGGCUCAAAGUAUUAUGUGGUGUGGAUGGAUUCUGAUGGUGUUUUGAGUCCGAAUAUGGAGGCUAAUGAAGCAAGUGUUGGAUCUCCUCAGCAGAAUGAUCUUCACUGGUUCGAACGAGGUAAACAGUCGGCUGAAAGGAAACCUACUUAUGUUGUCCCAUUAAGGCCGCAGGACGCAGACUCCACAACAAGGGGUCUUGUGGAGCCUGAAUUACCAAUAAACACGGCGAGGGGUGGUGGUGAGCAAGGCAAACCGCGUGCUGGUCACCCUGAUUUGAAUGAAGUACGAGAAGAACACAAGGUGUUGAAUAACAAUGCUCUGUUGAAACAAUAUUUAUUUAAUGACACCCUCAACAACGUGGUAUUGAACGAAAAUAAGGAAACUGCUAGUUACCACGUAGUUUCUGGAGCAGAAGACAGUGCCAACUGGCAAAAAGGAGCAGAAAGCCUAAUACAACUUGGUAAUGACAGGGUAAAGACAAACCAGACCUCACCCAAUCAUGGUUUGACGUCACCAGACAGGGGUAUGACGUCAUCCACUAAUAGUAUGAUGUCUCCAGUUGGAGAUGGAGAAGAAGACGACAGUAAACAGGCGGCUAGGUUCCAGUCGCUGGUAAUCCAGGACGAUGAUAUGCUGACAAAGGACGAAGGAGAUGCCAAUGGAACAGUCUCCACGGAAGCCAGCGAUAGCGACGAUAUCGCAGAAGGGGAUGAUUAUCAGCAGGCAGCCAUUCAGUCUAUGAUGAAGCAAGAAGACGACAUGAUACAGAAUGAAGAGCCUGCAGACGACGACGAACUGUCAGGGGGGAGUCCUCCACCCAGUAAGGCAACAUCUGAAGCCUCAAACAAUGCAGCACCGGGCAAUAGCAACCACAAAAGUUCUUCAAAACCCAUUGCAAAAUCAAACGAAGCUUUCGUAAUUAAUAUAACCGAGGUUCAUCGAGGAGAAGAGGGGAAAUCAUUCUAUACAUCAGGUGUGGCCCUUAAUAAUAAUCCCAACGAAACGAACUCAUCUACUGCAUCAAAUGACAUACCUGUUUUUGAAUUAUCUGAGGGUAAAGCUAAUUCAUCUCUUCACGAUGCAGAAAUAAACAACCAAUCAACGACAAGCAUUCAGCCAGGAACUACUCCUGAUUCGCUUUCAAAAGAAAGCCAUGGUACUGAGGAGAAUGAAGAUCGAACAAAAGGUGGAAUGCAAAUAUCCGAAGAUUCCUUGUUGAAGAAUGACAAAGCAAUGAACAAAAUGGUGGCAAAUACUCCACAGUCUGCCAUAUUAUGUUCUGACAGCCUGUCAAAUCAAGAGAAAAUAACACAACAACCUAAAUCAAAAGAGAGUGCUCCGACAGACUUAGUAACAUCAAGCUCUAAUUCAAGCAAUGAUAUGGAGCAAGUUGCUAGUGUGGCUCCCAGUCCAAAGGUAUCAAGCUCUCAAGGGAAAAUUGUACCUGGUGAGAUUCAAAGUGAGAAAAUACCCUUUUCGUCAAAAAUGCAGCCGCAACUAACUUUAACAGAAAUGAUUACACCUGGGGCAAAAAUGAAUCCCAACAGGAAUUCCCCAUCUAUCUCUCAAGUACAAAAUACACCCGGACCUUUACAACAAACAGGUACAGCAUUAGGCAGCCAUCAUCCGACAUCUUCUGCCUUAGGAAGCCAGAAAACUGAGCAAUCCGUGCUUAUAUCGGGCAUCGAACCACACAAUGGUCAAUCAACUGAGUCAAAUGCUGUGAUCCAAUUACCUAUUGCCAACGGCCUUGAUGCCAGCUCACAUGACUCUGAUCUUCAUCUCGUAACCUCUCCAGCUCUGAUCACUUUGCCGAAUUCCAGUAGCCGGCCUAUAAAGCUCGUUUUCCAUUUUCCAGAUAUGAAGUCAAAAGGGGAGUCGUCAAACACUCCGCUUAGUGGGUCCCAAGGUGGCGAUGACAACCAGUCAACAUCUAUGCUGAAUGCUGCCGCAGAUAUGAUGAAAAAUGAUGAAUGUCACGACGACACCUUACAAUGUCAACUUUGGGCUCACCAUGGACACUGCAGAGGAACUGCCUACGCAGAAUUUAUGAGAAGACAUUGCAAAGCUACCUGUGGAUAUUGUGGUCUUCCAUCGGUUAUCAAGGAAAGUGAAAAUCACAAAAAAGCGCAAAGUGUGGCCCAAGAUGAACCCUGCCAAGAUAUGCCUAAAUAUCAAUUUAGCUGUCCCAGAUGGCAAGCUCGAGGCUAUUGUGAAAAGAAAGAAAAUGAAAUGAAAACAGUUUGUAGAAGGACUUGUGGUUUCUGUGUCGCAGAUCCAGUAAAGGCAAGACAUCAAUCUAUGGCAUUUCAGCAUUCUCCUCUAAAGACUAACACGGGUAUCACUAACACGGGUAAUGUUAAAGCCCCAAAACUGUCAAAGCCGCCGGCAUCAAUACCUACAGAAAAGACCAAUGAAAAUAACAUAUUUAAUGAUCAACCUCAUUUGAAACCACAAUUUGAUGAUCAAACUAUAAACAUAACACCCCUGAAAGCAAAGGUGUCACUGACAUCAUUACCAGAAAAGACCGAUGACAGCAACAUUUUAAAUGAUCAACCUCAUUUACCACCACAAUUCGAUGCUCAAACUAUAAACAUAACACCCCUAAAAGCAAAGGUGUCGCUGGCAUCAUUAUCAGAAAAGACCAAUGGAAAUAACGUAUUAAAUGAUCGACCUCAUUUAACACCACAUUUUGAUAUGCAAACAAUAAACAUAACACCCAUGAAAGCAAGGAUCUCAUUGACAUCAUUACCAGCUAAGUUUGAUAAAAAUAACAAAUUAAAUGAUCAACCUAAAUUAAAACAACAGUUUGACAUGCAAAACGUGGAAGUUACACCCUUAAGACCGAAGAUUUCACUGAUUAAAGUCUUCGAGCCUUUCGUAGGAGUACUAACUAAGUCAAACACUACGAAUACCACAGAGACUCCAAAGACAUCAUCUCAUUCUCCCCAAGACAAGCAUCUUUCUAAAGAAACAGAAAGCUUACCCUUCAAGAACCAGGAUGACCAAAUUUCAUCAGUUGGCUCAAACAAUACCCAGAAUUCUACCCUAAAAUUGGUUGGUCAGCCUCUUAUCCAAAGAAAUAGAACUUCACUUUUGGAUCAGAGUGGUCUUAAAAUAACAAGUUCUCUGCCUCGUGGGCAGGGUGUGCCCUCCAACCUCAACAAGUUUAUAAAAAGACCCAUUAAGAUUGGUUUGUCUUAUUUGAACGGAACAGAGAUUCAAUCAAGUCUAUAUCCCGCUGGAGGCAGAGUUAUCAGCCAAAACUAUCGAUCAAAGGGAGAGGACAACUUGAUAAUGGAAGGUAUUCAGGCAUUACAACACAAGCUGCAAGCUCCGGUGCAGAUUAGUGCUGUAGCAAAGAGUAACUCAGCGUGCGGGCAGAGACUCUGCAAGGAAAAAGUAAAAACCCAACAAGCAAAAACUAGAGAGACCAUUGGAGAUCAAGCACUGGCUGACGUUACAACUGCGCACAAGACUGAAGAGAACCCCGUCUCAACAACUGGUUGUAACAGCUCAUGUCAGCAAGAAUGUCUGGCGGCUCACAACAGAUAUCGAUUAAACCAUGGCGCAUCGCCCCUAAUACUGGACCAAACAUUAGCCAAUCAGGCUCAACAGUGGGCUGAUAAAAAAGUGUUUAAACAUUCCCCCUGGGCAGGGGGGCAGGGUGGUGAGACAAUUGCGCUCGGUAGCCUUUACCCAUCGUUCACUGCCGCAGUUAAAGCUUGGCAUGACGAAGAGAAGGAUUAUGAUUGGUCGACUGGAAAAGCCAUCGGAGAUAUGAAAGUAAAUCACUUUACUCAGGUGGUUUGGAAGGGAGCACAUUUACUCGGAUGUGGCAAAACUAUUGUCAAUGGGGAGCCAUAUUAUAUUGCACAAAUGGAUAUCCCAGGAGUCAUAGCAGGCGUACCGGGUUAUGACAAGUCCAACGUAGGUGAACCAAAGGAGCCUGAUCUAAAGUGGUUCAUGGACAGUUCGCCCUACUGGAAAGAAAUGCAAACUAAGGAUGCCAUCCCCAAGAACAUCGAGCAUCGAAUUUUGUGACGGCAUUUACUUGUACCAGG